UCCCUGGUCCAGGAACCCAGCGGUCAUUAGAUGGAGCACUUGGACCUUGAGUUCCUGGAAGAGCCCAGGCUUGACCUUGAAACAAGAUUGUUAAAAUAAAUACAGGAACCCAAGUGGAGGAGGACACGGCCGGCUGGGCGGCGGGACGCCAGGCCUGGAGCAGGCCAGGGUCACCCCACACGUGCUGGAACACCUGCUGUGGGGCCUGGCCAUCCCCAGGAAGUCUGUGGAAGUCUGUCCCCUCCUCCCCCAGCCCUGCAGCUGGUGGUGGCUGGGCCGUCUCCAAUGACCUGGGCCUUCCUCUGGGCUUCUGGACACCCAGGGCCCUGAGGUCAGGGUGGUGCCCAGAUCUCCCCAGCCUGUGCUGGCCGGAAGGAAAGGGGGUGCAGGCCUGGGCACCCUUGGCGGCUGAGCUCAGGUUCCGACGACCCCGGGCGUGGCAGGCGCGCGGGGAGACGACCCUAGCCUUCACCCCUCCUGGGCCUGGGGUCCUGCGCACUGGAAGUGGCCAGGGUCCGCAGCGGGCGCCAGAGGGGCUGGCAUGACCUCCUGGCAGGGAUGGCGGGAGAGAGCCCCCGCCGAUGCCUGGGAGGAAUCGACUUCGAGUCCAGUCCCCACCACGCAAAGGGUGCACACAGCACACACGCCCGGCUGCGCCCGCGGCGAGAGCGGGACACGGCGGUCCCGGACCCGCACCCGCGGUGCGCACUCCUGGGCAGCCGGCGCCGCGUGACCGCCGCGCCCCGGGAGACCCCCAGCACGCCGGCCACACCUACCCCGGCGUCGCCCAGAGGUCGACCCCACCGCGGCCUGGCGGGUGGGGCGGGCGAGUGCCCGCCGCCUCGCCCCCACCCCGCCCAGCCUUCACCUUGCCGGAACUGGCUCGCCGACGCGGGGUAGGGGUUUGAAACGUAUUUAUUUUUUUUUAAACAUUUUCCCAGCAGACCACAUCCCCGCCCCCCGCCGGCGGGCCCCCGCCCCCCGCACUCACACACACACAUUCGCGCGCACACCCGGCGCGCACAGACACACGCGCUCCCUCCCUCCGGCGCUCUGCCCCUCGCCCGCCCGCCCGCCCGCCCGCCGCGCACGCAGCCGGCCCCGGCUCCCCGCGCCCCGCCGCCGCCGCCGCCGAGCGAAGCCGGGCUGGGCUUGCAGCUGCUCAUGGAGAAAGUGCCCGGCGAGAUGGAGCGCCGGGAGCGGAGCGAGGAGCUGUCCGAGGCGGAGAGGAAGGCGGUGCAGGCGACCUGGGCCCGGCUGUAUGCCAACUGCGAGGACGUGGGGGUGGCCAUCCUGGUGAGGUUCUUCGUGAACUUCCCUUCAGCCAAGCAGUACUUCAGCCAGUUCAAGCACAUGGAGGAGCCGCUGGAGAUGGAGCGGAGCCCCCAGCUGCGGAAGCACGCCUGCCGGGUCAUGGGGGCCCUCAACACGGUGGUGGAGAACCUGCAUGACCCCGACAAGGUGUCCUCCGUGCUGGCACUCGUGGGCAAAGCCCACGCCCUCAAGCACAAGGUGGAGCCCGUGUACUUUAAGAUCCUCUCUGGGGUCAUCCUGGAGGUGAUCGCCGAGGAGUUUGCCAACGACUUCCCACCUGAGACGCAGAGAGCCUGGGCCAAGCUGCGUGGCCUCAUCUACAGUCACGUGACCGCUGCCUACAAGGAGGCAGGCUGGCCCACCGGCCACGCUGCCCUCCUCGGGGCCGUAGGACCCCUCCCACCUCCCCCGUCCCUGGCAGCACCUUGAGCGAAGGCCGAGUUCCGAAGACCCUCCUUGAACCUCCAUUUCCGGGUGCCAAGGAAGCUGGAGGGAUCCCCGAUGCGUCUGCCCAGAGGGGGCCUCCGCGGUGGCCGCUGUCCCCCCACACACACCUGGAGCUGCCGGGAGGCGGCUGCCCAGAUGCUGACCCCAGCGCGGGGCGGGCGGGGACCCUUCCGCCUUGCAGAGCCGGGCCGCUCUUAGCUUUUCUACUCUCCGACGUGGCUGGCGGCUGGCGGGAAGCAGGACAAGGGAGCCAGCCCCGUGUCUGCCGGCCGGCACGGAGGCCUCCGUCUCACCAUGUAGAGAUCACGCACACACCGUAUAUACAGAUAUAUUCUAUAUACAACCUCUCUCUAUAAAUAUAUAUAAUAUAUAUAUAUGCACAGUACAUACCUACCACCUGUAUCUGCAGGCCCGCCCGCCCGCGUGUGGGGCAGGGGGCAGAGGGCUCUGGCGGGUGCGAGUCCCCCAGGGGCGCAGCGUGGGCUGGAGUGAGGUCAUCCGGCUUCCCACACCCCUGCGGCCCCUCCCCUGAAGGCUUAGGUUCACUGACUUGGCUUCCCAUGGCCAAGGACAGACGGAGAGGCCCAGAGGUUCCGGGCAGGGUGAUGCUGUGGGGGGAGGGGCAGUAGGGACACCUCCACUGCCAGCCUUACCCCUGUGUGAUAGUUCCCCCUCCCCGGGAUCUCGGCAGGUGGCAGAACCAGACAGACGCUGCCUCCUCCGGCCCCAUCCCUCUGCCUCAGGGCCCAGGGCUGCCCUGCCCGGCCCGGCCCCCGACCGGCAGUGGGUCUCUGUGCACAGCAGCCCCCCCGCACCCCGUGUGCCCCUUGGUCACAUGUGUUGUCCUCCGGGAUGUUUGCCGCUGUGGCUGCUGCACCUGUGUUCCUCCGUGCCGUCUUCCUCCAUCCGCGUAACUGCCUGUCCUGUCGUGGUUUCUCCCGUGUGUAGCCGGACCCCGGGCCAUUAAACCAACCGUUCUCCUG